AUGUCGGUUACUCCCAAAUGUCUUUUCUCAUAUUUCAAAGCUCCAAAGCUAUACAACCCAAAGCUAUACAACCCAAAGCUGUACAACCCAAAGCUAUACAACCCAAAGCUAUACAACCCAAAGCUGUACAACCCAAAGCUGUACAACCCAAAGCUAUACAACCCAAAGCUAUACAACCCAAAGCUGUACAACCCAAAGCUGUACAACCCAAAGCUAUACAACCCAAAGCUGUACAACCCAAAGCUAUACAACCCAAAGCUAUACAACCCAAAGCUGUACAACCCAAAGCUGUACAACCCAAAGCUAUACAACCCAAAGCUAUACAACCCAAAGCUGUACAACCUAAAGCUGUACAACCCAAAGCUAUACAACCCAAAGCUAUACAACCCAAAGCUGUACAACCCAAAGCUGUACAACCCAAAGCUGUACAACCCAAAGCUAUACAACCCAAAGCUAUACAACCCAAAGCUGUACAACCCAAAGCUAUACAACCCAAAGCUGUACAACCCAAAGCUGUACAACCCAAAGCUAUACAACCCAAAGCUAUACAACCCAAAGCUGUACAACCCAAAGCUGUACAACCCAAAGCUGUACGCAUGCGACACCUGGUGUCAUCAUCACUGA